AUGGACUUGGUUGGAGGAGGAGGUAAGGGUCGAGGUAGGGGUAGAGGCAGAGGCAGAGGUAGAGGCAGAGGUAGAGGUAAGGGCAGGGCCCCUCCAGUCGAGAUGUAUGAGGAUGAGGUGGAGACACCAGAGUAUGAACUGCCUGUUCCACCAGUGAUUAAUAUGGUGGACGCUACUCGUCUGUCGAAAUUGACAAAGGAAAUUUAUAGUCUGGGAGCAGUUCCAUUUAAAGGUGGCACAGACUAUAUGUUGGCAGACCAGUGGAUCGAAAAUAUGAAAGGUUACUUCCAGAUGGUGAUUUGUGAUGAACGGGAGAAGAGGAAGAUAGCAUCGUUUAUGCUUCAGGAGGAUGCACGAUUGUGGUGGAGUGGCACUGAGAGGAUGAUAGACGUGACCACUCUAACCUGGGAUGGCUUCGUGGAACUCUUCAGGAAGAAAUACUUCCCAGUUACCGUGAGACAGCAGUUGGAGAGACAAUUCCAUUCACUAACUCAGGGGAAGUUGAGUGUGAGGGAUUAUGAGGCGGAGUUCAACAGGUUGUAUCAGUUUGUGAGACAGUUAGAUCCUGAGAGUUUGGCCAUGAAGUUUCAAUUAGGGCUGAACCCAUCGAUUCGGCGUGACGUAGCCAUUUUGGAACUAAAGGAACUAAGACUCGUUGUGGCUAAGGCAUUAACCAUCGAGCAGGAAAACCAGAUCCUCUUAGAAGAGCAGACAGUUGAGAGAGAUUUUCAGAGGAAGGGAAAAGCAGUAGCUGAGAACAGCCAUACAGCAGGCAAACGAGGUAACAUCUGGAAGAGACAAAGGACUAACCAGCAGCAGGCACCAACUAGGGCCAUGGUUGCUACACCUGCUAGGGUGAUGCCUAUUAGACAGGUGGCACCUCUGAAAUGUUUCAACUGCCAGGAGUUAGGGCACAUUUCGCGAAACUGCCCGAAACCAAAGAAUUUGGUGUGCUUUAAUUGUGGCCAGGCAGGACAUGUCUCCCGGGUUUGCACGCAGCAACAAGAUAGGGGCCAAAGAAACCAGCCGAGACAACAGCCUCAAGGUCAGGCUAGAGUCUUCGCCAUUGGUCAGAGAGGCACAGGGGUGGAAGGUACCUUAUCUAUCUAUAACUAUCUUGCUAGAGUACUGUUUGAUACGGGAGCCUCCCAUUCCUUUAUAUCUAGUUCCGUAGUAGAUGUAUUGGGUUUGAUUUCCAUGCCUCUUACUGGGUCAUUAUGUGUUACGUCACCCCUCGGUGUAUCUCUUGAGCUUGAUAUGUUUUGUAAUGAUUGCCCUAUUGAGAUAGGUGGUAGAGAGUUCUCUGCAUCGUUGAUUGUGAUACCAGAUCACACAUAUGAUGUGAUUUUGGGCAUGGAUUGGUUGAGCCCGAACCAUGCAGUAAUUGAUUGCUUUAGGAUGAUUGUGUCCUUCCAUGUUCCUGGGCAACCAGUGUUUCAUUACCGUUGUCUAAAGUCUGACAUCGCUAUGAGGGCAGGGAUUUUGGCUCAUAUUGAGUCAGGGAGUAGUAUUUCUAAGAUUUCAGGAAUUCCUGUAGUUUCAGAGUAUGCUGAUGUUUUUAAGGAGAUACCAGGGUUGCCUCCAAAAAGGGUAAUGGACUUCUCCAUUGACCUGAACAAGGUGACCAUCAAGAACAGGUACCCUUUACCUAGGAUUGAUGACUUGUUCGAUCAGCUUAGAGAGGCUACUGUGUUCUCAAAGAUUGAUUUGAGAUCUGGAUAUCACCAGUUAAGGGUGAAGGAUGAGGAUAUUCCAAAGACGGCGUUCAGGACCAGGUAUGGACAUUUUGAGUUCCUUGUCAUGCCUUUUGGUCUGACUAAUGCACCAGCAGCAUUCAUGGACUUGAUGAACCGCACGUUCAGUCCUUACUUGGAUCAAUUUGUUGUAGUGUUCGUGGACGACAUCUUGAUUUAUUCAAGGUCGCGAUUCAUUGAGGGGUUUUCUGGUAUUGCUUCGGCUUUGACCAAAUUGACAAGGAAGGACACUCAGUUUUUAUGGACGGAUGAGUGUGAGAAGGCUUUCAACGAGCUGAAGACCAGGUUGACUACAGCACCAGUGUUGACUAUUCCUACUAGCGGUGGUGGUUUAGUUAUCUACAGUGAUGCAUCUCAUCAGGGUUUGGGGUGUGUGUUGAUGCAGAAUGGUUGUGUUGUUGCUUAUGGCUCUAGACAACUGAAGGUUCAUGAGCAGAAUUACCCCACUCAUGAUCUAGAGCUAGAGUUGAACAUGAGGCAGAGGAGAUGGAUGGAGCUCAUCAAAGACUAUGAUUUUACUUUGGAGUAUCAUCCUGGAAAGGCCAACGUAGUGGCAGAUGCUUUGAGUAGGAAGCCCCGAAUAAUCAUGGCAUCACUCAUGGUGCAGGAGUGGCUCAUGUUGGAAGCUGCAUCUGAGUUUGAUCUUAUGCCCGCAGAAGUUGGACAUGAAAUGUUUCUCGGAAGUAUCACCUUACAGUCCACCUUGAAUUCCAGGAUCAUUCAGGGUCAGACACUUGAUGAGUUUGCUCAGACGAGGAUUGCUGAGAUGAAUGUUGAUCCAAAUGUGGAGGGCCCUUCUGAGUGGGCUAUUAGGACAGAUGGAGGGUUGAGAUUUCGUGGAAGAUUGUAUGUCCCAAGUGUUGAUAACCUCAAGGAGGAGAUCAUGCGGGAAGCACAUAGAUCUAGAUACACUGUACAUCCAGGGGGUACCAAAAUGUAUAUGGAUCUACGAAGACAGUUUUGGUGGUAUGGAAUGAAGAGGGAUGUGGCAGAACAUGUGUCGAAGUGUCUUACAUGUCAGCAAGUGAAGGCUGAGCAUCAGAGGCCCGCGGGGAUGCUGAAACCCUUACCAAUUCCUGUUUGGAAAUGGGAAGAUAUCUCCAUGGACUUUGUGACUGGAUUGCCUAGGUCCAGACAAAGUUAUGACUCGAUUUGGGUGAUUGUUGACCGAUUGACAAAGUCAGCACACUUUCUUCCCGUGGCAAAGACUUACUCAAUCGAUGCAUUGUGUAAGUUGUAUCUGAAUGAGAUAGUAAAGCUUCAUGGUGUGCCCGUAACAAUUGUUUCGGAUCGGGAUGCUCGUUUCACUUCUGAAUUCUGGCGUAGGUUCCAUAAGACAGUUGGCACAUCUUUAGCUAUGAGCACUGCAUUUCAUCCACAGACAGAUGGGCAAACCGAGAGAGUGAAUCAGGUGAUGGAGGACAUGCUUAGAGCUUGUGUACUGGACUUCAAGGGAAGUUGGGCGGAUCAUCUGCCAUUGGUAGAGUUUGCCUACAACAACAGCUAUCACUCCAGUAUCGGUAUGGCACCAUAUGAGGCUCUUUAUGGUAGGCCAUGUAGGACUCCUAUCUGUUGGGCUGAAGCAGGGGAUAAAGGGCUCUUCGGUCCUGAGAUUGUACAGGAGACUACAGAGAAGGUCACUGUUAUUCGGGACAGGAUCCGAACAGCACAGAGUAGGCAGAAGAGUUAUGCUGAUUUGAAGAGAAGACCAGUUGAGUUCGAAGUAGGUGGCCACGUUUUCUUGAAAGUCUCACCUAUGAAAGGUGUGAUGAGAUUUGGAAAGAAGGGGAAGCUAGCACCAAGAUACGUGGGACCUUUUGAGAUUCUGGAAAGGGUCGGUGAAUUAGCAUAUCGUCUUGCCUUACCUGUUAGCAUGUCUGGUGUACACAAUGUCUUUCAUGUGUCUAUGCUCAGGAAGUACGUCCGAGAUGAGUCCCACGUAAUUGAUCAUGGUACGAUUGAGGUAAACACGGAUGUAACCUUUGUGGUUGAACCUGUUCGUAUCUUAGAUAGGUCUACGAAGAAGCUUCGUAGGAAGGAGGUUAAUCUUGUGAAGGUGCUGUGCUUUCAUGAUUACCCAUAA